AUGAAAGAAAUUGCAAAUAGAGGAGAAGUUCAAGGAACGCCAGAAACUACUCUGAAAGGUGCUGCUUUCAAGCAUGAUCUUGAAGAAGCUACUUUCAUGCAUCGAAUUGACGCAUUAGACCGAAGAGUGCAUCACUCUGGUGAAGUUAAGAAUCAUAAAGAGUCUAACAAGAAUAAGACAGAGCCAGAUACAGCGAAAGCAGUUUCCAUGUUGUUGGAGCAGAUUUCCAAUGCUGUUGACAAAAAAGAUGAUAAGAAUCCUAGUGUUUAUGAGCCAAAUAAAUUUCCUGAUGCAAAAAUCGGCAGUGAUGUGCUAUCAGAAAUUCAAUCCAAGUUUGGUCUGAAGAAUUUAGAAAAUUUGAAUCGUACGACUGCGAAACCAUUAUCUGAAAUCCAUCCCCAGGUAACACGUAGUGCAAAAGUUUCUAAAAUGAAAACAGAAUUGGUAGAGUUGAAAAAAAUGCCCGCUUUGAAGGAAAUAACUGAUGAGAGGAAUAAGAUGAAUGCAUAUGAAAAAGCGAUCAAUCUAAAUUUAGUACCGAAAGGACCUUUAACUUCAUCACCUCUAUCAACAACAACUCCGAUAGUAAUUGACCAGUCAAGGCUGAUUUUAUUGUCUAUUAACGAGAAAUCAUUGUCCAACUGGUCAGGAUGGACUGAAUGGCAGCGUUGCUUCUGUGGAAAGCAAAUUAGAACUAGAGUUUGCCAUUACGAAGAUUCAUAUUUGACUAGCGGUUGUAGUGGAAAAAGUUACGAAUCGCGUCCUUGUGAAGAACCAUUCAGCGUAUGUCCCACCACAACUGCACCAACAUCAGCAGUUACGGUAAAAACUAGUCAGGUUACUGUAAGAUCUCGCAAACCGCUAUUUCAGCCUCUUUCAACAGCAAUUCGUAAGCCAAACAAUAAAAUAUAUUCUGCUGGUCGCAGCAACGACGCUAGCACUUAG